AUGGCGUCAUCCUUUCGAUCCGCCGCCGCUGCCGCGUUCGGCCUCCUCCUGGGCUGCGGCAUGCCGCUUCAAAGUGUGUGGGCAGCAGAGGUCGACACCAAGUGGUACGCGCCCAGCAAGAAUCAAGUCAACGACCUUGACGCUGUGCCUACUGCCACUGGCGUGUACGGCUUCAUCUUCAACUCUUCCAAGACCCCGGACAGUGAUUAUGGAGUCUACAAUUGGUGCAACAUGCCUCACGUUCGCCGCACCGAGUACGUGAAGCCGAGUGCAGAUUACGAGUUGAAAUACGUCGAGCUGGCAAGUAUUCAUCGUCAUCACAAGCGCACGCCGUACUCCUCCAACGCGUUCCCGGUGGAGUCGUACCAGUGGAAUUGUGAUGAUUCCAUGCUCAAUUACUACGGAGAGCCCUUCUCCGGUCCCAAGGCCGACAGGGUUUAUCAGCAGGGCUAUAUCUCUGCCAUCAACCCUUUUGUGCCGUCUGGCUGGAUCGGCAGCUGCAAAUUUCCUCAGAUCACUGCCGAGGGCUUGGUGGACUCGUGGCAGCAUGGCGCCGACCUGUAUAGCGUCUACCACGAUCUUCUUGGAUUCCUGCCGCCCAGGGGCUCUUCUGGGCUUCCGCCGUCCGUCAAAUACCGUGUGACCAACAACGUCAUCACUAGUCAAGUGGUCGGUAUGGUUAUCAAUGCGAUGUGGGACAUCACAGAGCCCGUCCCGAUUCUUGUGCAGGCGCAGGGCGUCGACAGCUUAGAGCCGCAGUAUCAGUGCAAAGCCUCCAGCAACUUGUUCAACACCAUCAAGUCCAGUUCCAACCAACAAUGGCGUCGCCAUUUCGACCUGGCCGCAGACCUUUAUCGCACGCUCGACGGCAUCUCCGGUGUUCCGUCGUCCGAUGGCGGCUUCCACGAGUCUUUUGACCACUACUAUGACAACUUGUCUGCUCGCCAGUGCCAUGCGAAGCCGCUGCCGUGCAAGCUCGUGGACGGUCGCAACAGCACAGACUGCGUAUCUCAGGAGCUUGCAGAUGCGGUCUAUCGAUGGGGUAACUGGGAGUACAGCCAGAUUUACCGUGACAGCUCCUCGUCUCUUGAUGCAAGCACUGGGUCCCUCGGCGUGUGGAUCGCCGAACUUGCUGCAAACAUUCGCAAUGUGAUUGCGGGCAAGAGUGACACCAUCUAUUACCACAACGUCGCCCACGACGGAUCGUUAUCCCGCCUGCUGUCCAUUUUGCAAAUCGACGAGAUGGUCUGGCCUGGAAUGGGAUCCGAGGUCGUCUUCGAGGUCUACCAGAAGAAGAAGCAGUCACCGCCCACGCCCACCGCGACCAUCGCCCCCAACUGCAACCACGAUAACUGUCUUCGCCACAUCAUUCGACAGUCCUCCACAGCCUCCUCUUACUGCCUUCAGCUGGCAACCGCAACCGCCUCGUGGCCGACGCAAUGUGGCGGUAGCGAGUCUCGCGUCGCGUCCGCUUGUUCGUGCCUUGACCUUCCCACUACUGCUACCGCGACUGCCACACCUACAAAUACAAGCGAGGCGUCUGCCAGCGGAUACUACGUGCGUGUGCUUUUCGGAGGGCAGACGAUGCGCUCAUCUACGCCUGCGCUGGGAUUGAUGGACAUGAUUCCGAUUGAGAAACUGCUGGCCUACUUUGAUGGUUUGGUUGGCCAAAAUGCCAGUCAGAUCAAGUCGAAAUGCGGCAAUUAG